AUGCCUGCGGCCUCCGAUGUUAGGGCGAUCGAGACAGCUAUUGAGCGCGUAUGGGUGCCGGGAAUACAAGGCAAGUCUUCCGUGGCCGGUACCGUUGGUACGGAGUGGAAAUUGAGAGGAAAUCCUUGGUCUGGUAUCAUGACCGAAGCUAUACAAGCGCGACGCCUACUCAUACACAUUUUCCAUGCCCUGAGUGCGGUGGGAUGGGAUCUGCACAUGUCUGUGGACCUCACUAAAAAGCAGUAUGACAAGGACUCUGUCAUAUUCCGCAAGACAACACCUCCGAGAGAAAAGUACUUCUUUUGUGUGUCUUUCAAUGAAGGGGACAAGGUGCGCAUCAUCGACCCUCCCAAUAAUGAUGUAAGGGAUGCCUUCAUCCAAGCUGUGAGGCAAACCUGGUAUAGAGGGGUACAGACCGAAAAGGAAAAAGAGCAUGGCUGCUACCAGAUCAAGCUUCGAGGUAACCCAUGGUGGAGCUCGAAUGGCCUUGAUGUGAAUCACGCAAGGAUCGUAUCUCUCGCAAUCUUGUCUGCCAUGGACGUCCAAGGGUUUGAACUGGCAGCAAGUGUUGACAUGAGUGUGGGUACCGAACAUGGAGGCGACGUGGACACUUGGUUCUUUGCUUCUAAAUGA